UCAAAUAACAGUAACUACUAUCAAGAUCCAUAUAAACAGAUUUUGGCAUACAUAUUCAGCCGUAGACAAUUUACACCUUUAACAGAAACACAGAACUACUUCAUUACAUCACAGUCAAUAGAAAAAAAAGAAUAAAAAAGAAAAACAAGUGAGUGCAUAGAUGGAAUAAUUCAAAAAUUCUUUUAUUGAUUCUUUCAGGUGCGUUACGAGGGUCAAGACAACAGACCUCUACAAAGGCAAGAGUGGCAAUGCUGGGGCCACAGAGCCUCGUGAAGAGAGACAAAGAGACAUUUACUUGGCCACGGCAUCAGUGGAAAGUGUAUCCAGACCUCUUAUCACCAGCUGAUCACAUGCAGCCUCAUGUCAGCCACCCGACCUUUUCUUGGAGGAUCCUGGUUCCCCAUCUUGAUACACAAAAACGAAAACGAUGGAAGAAGCUGAAGAACACACUAAAUUCACAGCCAGAAUGGGCCACGAAAGACAUGGGUUAUGGGUCCUUGGAGGCAUCCACUUUGCCAGGUAUAACAGAUGGAAGCAAAGGAAGCUUAUAUAAUAAAAGCAGAUACACGAAUACCGAUGCAAGGGAUUCUGAAAAGCUUUCUUUGGUAUGGGAGAAUAUAGGCAAAUCACGAGGGGGGAAAACUAACGUACUAGCAUUUUCUUCCAAUACAUUCCAAACGUAUCUGCGUUCAGAGCCUGUAAAGCCACACGAGAGUGGAGAUGAGGCAGAAACAAAAUUGCCAGCUCCAAAGAACUAUAUAUAUUGCUACACUUGCGAAAAACUAGUGAAAAGAAAAAAAAUAUACAAACAUCUUUUGUUUGGGAAAGCUCAGUGUAGGGAGUGCAAUGUGAUGUUUAUAAACUGCUUCAACUUUCAGGAAAUAACCACUGCGUUUACAAGCCACACCACUUGUAAACAUAACCUUUGUUACCUGCACGAUCCAUUUAAACUUCUAAAAACCAGAUUGAUACAUAACAUAACACCCACUGGUAGUCUAGCAGAUGAGAGACAUAUUCUCAAGAAAAUUUCAUCAUAUAUAAGAGAACUGGAUGUAGUGAAGCUAAGACCACCCUGGAAUUCUGCAAUACUACGAUGCAGGGAGAAGUUGGGUCGAAUCUCUAAGAAGAAAUCUGGUACCAUAUUCCCACACAAGCCUGAAAGAUCACAGCAUCAGGAAAACAAAUCGCAACUGGAGGUAUUUAAGCAGAAGGAUGCCAUUUCAGCGUAUAGUACCGCUGAUAGACCGUGUCACAGCCAAGAGCAGUUGCAAAGUGUCUUAAAUACGCAAGAUACGGAACCAGAGGAGAUCCUACUCACCCAGUCCUACAAUCUUCAACAUUUAGAAGAAAUGGUUGAGUAUCAGGUGGCUCAUGACUACUGCAACUCUGAGAUGGAGAAAGACAAAAAUCCAAUCCAGACCGCCAAUAAAUCAAAUCCCAAAACGAAGCGAAAAAAGACAUGCCGACGCACUGAACGAACCACCACAAAAGACACUCCACUCCUACAGCUAACAAAUUCCCAGAGGAGAAAAGCGAAUUUAAGAUUUGUCAAGACACCUGAAGAUGGUUAUUACUAUGUGGUUAAAAAAGCAAUUGAAGAAUGCCCUAUGUGCUACAUGGAGCUCUGCCCUUCCAGGUUCUCUGUGAAUGUAGUCACCUUCCUCAUGACUACAGUAUGCACUGGUUGCAAUCUCACAAUAUAUUUUGUUCAGGAUCCCCCAAAAGGUGAAGCCCCAACUGUGGCCAUAGUAACUGAACCAAUUUCUCAGCCUUCUUUACAGGACAAGAAAACAAUUGCAAAAAAGACUUAGCUAAAAGGUCAUACCAACUUUAUCUCAAUUGUUUCUCUCAGGGCUGUCAAGAGAAGUCUCCAUAAGAUAUUGUUUAAUACCAAUCUUUUCAUUAAAG